AUGGAUCGUAUUCUUACUCUGGCAUUGCUGGCGCAGUGCGCCACAGCACAAGUUCGAGACAAGUUGAGAUAUGUAGAUCCAUUGAUUGGAACUAGCAAUGGAGGCAACGUCUUUGCAGGCGCCUCUCUGCCCUUCGGCAUGGCAAAGGCCGUCGCCGAUACCAACAGUGGUUCGAACCAAGGAGGCUUCACAACGGACGGCUCGAACAUCACUGGCUUUUCGAGCAUGCACGAUUCGGGCACUGGUGGGAGCCCAUCCCUCGGUCUUUUCCCACUGUUUCCUUUCGCCUCAUGCGCCAACGAUACAGUCGAUGGAUGCACCUUUCCCAAGAAAUCGCGAUCCGUGUCCUUUACGAAUGAGUCCGUCAAGGCCACUCCGGGUUACUUUGCACUGCAGCUGCAAAGUGGUGUGAUGGCAGAGAUGACCGCAGCACAGCAUACAUCUCUCUUCCGGUUCUCAUUCUCAACUACGAACUCCGCCAGGCCAGUCAUCAUCUUGGAUCUUACUGACCUUUCAGAUUCUCGACAAGACAAUGCAAGCAUCUCAGUGGACGCUGGAUCUGGGCGAAUGACUGGAGAGGCUAGAUUCGAGCCCUCUUUCGGUCAAGGGAAUUAUGUCGCCUACUUCUGCGCUGACUUCCGAGGAGGCUCCAUCCGAGACAACGGCAUUUUUGUCAACAGUCGUGGAAGUGCGGAUGUCAAGGACUUGACGAUCUCCAGGAGUAUCAACGGCUAUCCGUUACCAGGAGGUGCUUUCAUUCGCUUUACGGAUUCUACCCCGGUUCUUGCCAGAGUCGGAUUGAGCUUGAUCAGCAGCGAGCAAGCAUGCCAAUUAGCGGAGUCUGAGAUUCCAAACUUUGACUUCAGUGGUACACAGUCCGCUGCGGUCGACAGCUGGAGAGAGAAGAUGAGCCCAAUUGAUGUGUCAACGAGAGGAGUGAACAAGAGCGCUCUGACCAACUUCUACUCUGGCAUCUACCGAACGAUGAUCAACCCGCAGAAUUAUACUGGUGUGAAUCCUGUCGUUGACAGUAACACCAUCUACUUUGACAGUUACUACUGCAUCUGGGAUCUGUUCCGUUCCCACACGCCUUUCUUGAUCAUAUUCGAUACACCGGCUGUCAUUCAGAUGGUGCAGGGUCUACUCACCCUGUACAAAGUUCAAGGAUGGCUCCCAGAUUGCCACAUGUCCUUGAAUAAAGGCUACACUCAAGGUGGCAGCAAUGCCGACGUCAUCAUGUCUGACGCAUACCUAAAGAUCAAAAGCAGCGAUAUUGAUUGGAGUCUUGUGUAUGAAGCUGUUCAGAAGGAUGCUGAAGAGGAGCCUUAUGAUUGGUGCUGUCAGGGCCGUGGUGGUCUCGACAGCUGGAAGUCAUUGAACUACAUUCCCGUGCAGGACUUUGACUACAAAGGCUUCGGCACGAUGACGAGGUCGAUUUCUCGAACACUGGAGUACAGCUACAACGACUUCUGCAUCUCGCAGAUUGCUGGAGGGCUCGGCAAUACUGGAGACAAGGAGAAGUACCAGCGGACGAGCGAAUACUGGAGCAACCUCUUCAAAGCAGAUCAGACGUCUCUUUUGUUAAACUCGACAACAGACACUGGAUUUGUUGGAUUCUUCCAGCCGAAGUACCUGAAUCAAACUUGGGGUUUCCAGGAUCCGCUGACCUGCUCCAACAUUGACACGGGCAACAGUGUGUGCUCGUUGCAGAAUACCGCCGGCGAGACCUUUGAGAGUUCAAUCUGGGAGUACUCCUUCUAUGUGCCUCAUGACCAAGCUCGCCUAAUCACCACGUUUGGUGGCCCAAGGACAUUCGUAAGACGACUCGACUAUCUGCACGAUCAGAAGAUCACCUACAUUGGAAACGAGCCGGCCUUCUUGACCGUCUUCCAAUACCACUACGCCGGUCGUCCGGCACUAUCAGCAAAGCGAGCGCACUUCUACGUCCCGACAUUCUUCUCGCCCACGAACGGCGGAUUGCCUGGCAACGACGACUCCGGCACGAUGGGCGCCUUCCUAGCUUUCACCAUGAUGGGUCUCAACCCGGUACCCGGCCAAGACGUCUACCUGAUCACGCCACCCUUCUUCGAAUCCGUGAGCAUCACCAGCCCGGUCAGUGGCAAGAAGGCGACGAUCCGCAAUGUUGGGUUCGAUCCGAGUUACCAGGCGAUCUACAUCCAACGAGCAACGUUGGAUGGCCGCAAUUAUACGAGGAACUGGAUCGAUCAUUCGUUCUUCCUGGAGGGUAAGGAGCUCGUGCUCUAUCUCGGCAGGAAUGAGAGUAGCUGGGGUACGCACACGCGUGAUUUGCCGCCGAGUUUGAGUGAGUAUCAGUUCUGA